AUGCCAGAUUCUGAAAGUAAUUUGGUGUCUUCGCAUGUGGAUGUUAAAAAUGGUACUUCAGUCUUGAGUGAAAUGAAAAUUUCAGAUGAAAAGAGACCUGUUGAAAAAAGAGCAGUGGCUCAGAUUGAGAAGAAUGGCUAUCCUGACUCGAUAUACAUAAAUGCAGCUAAGAUUUUUCAGGGCAUUCAUACUGAAAAGAGUGAGGAUAAAAUGCAGGUGCGGUAUGGUGAUAACUCAGAAUCUCCCAUGAUGGCUUUUAAAGAUGAGAAUUCCAAGCGUGUAUCUUAUGAACUGGCUUUCAAUACUCUAAAAUAUCAAGAUCUUCUUGAAGAAAUAUUGUUAGAUAGUCAUACUUACCCAUGCUACUCAAUACCAGAUGAGUUAACCAGUUUGCUUGUUGUGAUGCUUUAUGACCUACAAGACCGAAAGUUUAGAAAACGAAAGAUUUUUGCUGAAGAGGAACUUGUAGCAGAAGUUCAGGAAAUAGGGAAUUAUUUAUACAGCUAUAGGACCAAACUGGCAGCUGCACUAGCACGAUGUCGCAUCAAAUAUGAUGCUCUUUCAAUUGAAUACUUUGUACCAGAAACCGUAUGCAAGCAGGAACAAAGGGCUUCUACUUUACCUCUCUGGUUUUGGGUAAACACACUUAAAAUCAGCCUUGAAGAUGUUAUCAAUGAUUUGGAGAUGAAGGGAUUCACAAAAGUUGAAUCCGUGUCAGACUUUGACCAUUACACGUACGCUGUGGACCAACAUUGCCAUGAUGUAUUGGUUUUUCCUUCCUCUCUUAAAGAAGAACUGCUUAAUUUAGAUCUUUUUGCAGAUUGCAAACUCUUACUGCAGGAUAAGUCUCGCAGCCUUGCUGUACACGCUGCACAGGCGCUGUUGAGUGAAGGUGGUGACAUUAUAGUGGCUCACAUAGGUUCCCAUCUGACCAUUGCCCACAUGUCAGUGCUGGCAAAUCAGAGCAGAUCCCAAAUUUUUGCUUGUGGUGUGAAAUCUCUGUCAAAAGAGGAAGAACUGAGCAACAGUUUCAGUCACAUGGGAUGUGAAAAUAUUCAGUUGUUACAUGAAGACUUUACUGAGCUUGAACCAAAAGACUCGAGACUUGAUAAGGCAAAAGUUAUUUUGCUGCUACCACAAUGCUCUGGACUGGGUGCUGGCAAUCCAAUGGACUUUAUUUUAAGUGAACACAGAGAUCCAGGAUUGCUACGAGACCUUUUCCAGGGAUUUGUGUCUGAGGAUAAACUCAGAAUUCUUGCUGAGAGGCAUCUUAAUGAGUUGAUUCAUGCACUGAAAUUUAAAAAAGUACAAGCUAUUGUUUACUGCACUUGUUCAGUUUACCCAGAAGAAAAUGAACUUGUAGUGCAAAAAGCACUGGAAUCUGAAGUGGAGGGAGAUAAAGUACGACGAUAUAGACUUAUUCCUUCUGUUUUUUCUACUUGCUCCAAUUCAGAGUCUUCCACUGAAAUGUUUUUCAAAAUAGAGCCAUCAGAAAUUUCCAGUGGCUGUUUCCUAGCUGUUCUACAGAAAGAGAAAGAUACUUCUAAAAAAGCGCCUGCUAAAGACAUUUUGGAUUCUGCUGCAGUAGAAGAUCUACUAGAUGGCAUCACUGAAGAAAAACCAAAAGAAGAGGUGAAAAAGCAGAAAGUAAAACGUAAACGUAAGGUUACUGCUAGUAAGCCAAAAGCUGCAAAGCUCCUUCCCCGCCAAACUGCAGCUAAUGUUAAGACUGAAGUUCCUGUGCCUAAAGCAGCCACUAAGAUACCAGAACAGCAUGAGUACCACACAAAAACACCCACUGACAUACAAGAAAAGCGUGCGUCCCGAAAAAAAGCAGCCAGUAACUCACCACAGAAGACUGCACACAGGAAAAAAGCAGCCAAUAACACACCACAGAAGACUGUGCACGGGAAAAAAGCAUCCAGUAACACAUCACAGAAGACUGUGAACCAAAAAAAACCAGCCAGUAACUCACCACAGAAGAAAGUGCACCGAACAAAAGCAGCCAGUAACACAUAACAAAAGAAUGUGCACUGAACAAAAGCAGCCAGUAAAAUACCACAGGGGAAUGUGCACUGGAAACAAGUAGUAACAUACACCUAAAGAAGGAGCACUGAACAAAAGCAAGCACUAACAUAUCCAUGUCUAAAGCAGUCAGUAACACACAGCAAAAGAACGUGCCCCCAACAGACAGCCGUGUUGAGCUGAAGAAAUCUGUGAACCCUGAUUCACACACAGCCCCACUGAACGUGCCAAAGCCCACACCUGUCACUUCUGGGCAAGGCCUGAGAGACAAACACCUGUUCAAAUGGCUCGUGCAGAACAGAACAGGGUUGUACUUAAGCCCUGGACAAUCACUUUGCCUCCACUAAUAACACCAUAUGAAACAAACUCAGGGUAUCAACUUAACAUUGCUUUCAUGGCCAGACUGGAGCACAGGCUCCAAGUGGUUGGAUAUUUCCACCACCUUGGUCAAAAAUGGUCAAGCAAACUUUAAGACUCAGCCCUCCCUUUGUAAAGAAGGUAAAGAUUUCUGUAUAUUAAUCAAUACUCUUAUAUUGCAGUAUAUCUUUAUGCAAGGAUAAUCUGGCCUUGGGAAAGAUAUAAGCUAUUUAUGUAGAAACAUCCAUGUUAGACAGUAACUUUUAAUCCAGUAAUCUCAGUUCAAAGUGAAUGGAGCUCAGCUGCCUAAGACUGAUAGACUGUUGGGGGUAGUGAGGUCAAAAAAUGAUAGCCUCUUGCUAUACACUUUAAAGUGACUAGUUAAAUCAUACACCUAACUCCCCACUGUCAUCUAAACCUGUACAAGUAAUCAGUUUUGAAUUGAUGUCUCAAAGUGAGACUGAAUUUUUUAAAGUGGCUUUUCUUUACAAGUGCUAGAUACCAUUUUUGUGAGUUUCCACUUAAGACUGGAUGGAAAAUAAGCCUUGUAUUUUUAAAACUAGAUGUGAACUUUCAUACAGGAAACUGGCCAAGUACAUUAAAGCCCAUGCAUAGGCUUUCUAGUAUAUGUUCUCUUGGUUUCUUCUUAAAUGUACAUUGAGAUACUAAUAGUGAACUUUAGAUCAAAUAUUCUCAUGCUAAAAGCCCUGAAUUGUCAUCAUAGUGUCACAUCAGACUAUGUCAUGGUUCAUAGCUGCUUUUCAUCAAUUUCUUAACAUAAAGAAAAACAGUUCUUAGUUGAAAAGAGCUGCUACUGUCAAAGUAACAUUUUUAUAAAUGUUACCACUAGUCAGCUGAAUAAUGACUGGACAGAGUAGCUGCCUGUCUUUGGAAACAGCUGUGGGCUUCUAAGCUGCUCGCCUUUGCUAGCAAAGAUUAACUGUAUAAUACCUACAGUUGUUUUGUAAUAUGAGUAGAGGAUAAAGGGAGGCACAGAGAUACUUUUAACAAUAA